GCUUCACCUCUCUUCUUCUGCUCCUCACCUCCAUUGCGCUUCUCUCUUCACCACUCGCAAUGCUCUCACCUUGAAAUACUCUAACCCAACACUCACAUAAUCUUCACAAUCAACACCGCCUCAACCCGCUAAUUCAAAUAACCCAAAAAAAAUCUUCCAAUCACCUCCAACCCAAACCAAAACCACCAUCACCAUGGCCGCUCGCGAUGCGCCCAAGCCCCAAAUCGACCGACAAUCGACGACGCCCUUCCACCUAAAGCUCUUCUACCGGGUAUCGAACUUCCACCCGCUCUCGGACUUCGCGCCGCCCUCGUCCUCGCACUCCUACGGCGGUCCUCUCAGCGGACCCAACUCGAUCCGCUCGCGCUCUCCCCCUCCACCACAAGCCUCAAACCUCCCCGCCCACCUGCAGAUCUACACCUGGCAGUCGUGCACGCUGCGCGAGCUCUCGCAGCUCCUCACCUCCGCGCUGCCGUCGCUUCUGCCCGACCCGGCCGUCGGGACGCGCCUGUGCUUCCGCCUCAUUUACCCGGACACCAAGGCGGCGGCGACGAUGGGGCCGGACGCGCGUGGCCGCUAUCUCAGCAAGGACAUGGGGAGCGUGGUCGUGGGGCCGCGGGAGAGUCCGUACCGAGACGGCGAGGGCGAGGAGGAAGGGGGGGAGAAGAAGGCUGCACCGCGGGCGCUGCGUCUCCAGGGCCAUGAUGCCGAUAAGACGCUGCAGGAGAUGCGGUUCGUGAUCGGUGACUAUGUGGACUGUGCGGUGUUGCCGCCGCUGGAGGACGGGUCUGUUGCGCCGCCGUUGACGGUCGGGCGGGGGGCGAUGAGCUCGACGGUCGGAGGGGGGAUGAGGGCGUUCCGGGAGCCUGGGUUUGGGAGGGGUGGAGGGCGAGGAGGACGGGGUGGUGGUGAUCGAGGGAUGAUGCCCAUGGGGGAUUGGAAGCGAGGAGAGAGAUUACCGGAGGGUGGAGGACGAGGGGGGAGGAGAGGGUGGGCGCCGUAUUGA